AUGAGUCUCAUAAAAUCCAUAGAGCCGAAGGUGCACAACAUCCCGUUUCCAUGGACACACGUCCAUAAUAACCAGGUUGCAAAUCCGAAAGAGGAGGAGAGUAUUUCUUCUAGUCAAGAUAAAGUCUCCCAGUCCAACAGUAGCUUAAAGAAGCACCGGAGUCGCAGCAUUUUUAGCCCUUUCUUCUGCUGCUUCCGCAACUACAAUGACUACCACGUGGAGCCACCGCCCCCCAACAACAAGGCACUUUCUCUGCCCCCGCCGCCAGAGGAGAACGGCAGCCCCCCCAAGUGUGACCAGGUCCAGGUCAUCCCCAUCCCCAGUCCUCCAGCCAAAUUCCUCCUGCCCGAGGUCAGUAUAGCCGACUAUGGCAAGAACUGCGUGGUCAUCGACCUGGACGAAACCCUGGUACACAGCUCCUUUAAGGUAUGUCAUUAACUUAGCCCUCCUUUAUCAUCGUCUCACGUCAUAGUCCUGCUAUUUCACAACCCUGGAUGGAUAAUAGGGUGGUGGAAUAUAGAUGAUAAUAAUUACAGUGAUGUGGCGUCACCAAGCACCGUCAGCAUCAUCACACGUGAGUGCCGUGUGUCCGUGAGGGUACCAUGGCGCCUGCACCGCAGUUACAACAGGAUCAGCAGGAAGAAUACCUAACUGUUACUCUAACAAGGUGUCGUCAUAGCAACCAGUGCAUCCUCAGCAGCCUUGCAUCAUGCAAUUGAUCAGCAUGGGGUUUAUUUUAACCAAUGGAAACCACAAAUCUCCACAAUACAGCCUUUAACCAGCAGCUUACCUUCUUCAUCUGCUUAUAUAAUCGGAAUAAAAGGAUGAUUCCUGCUUGGGAAUUUAUUUGGAUGCAUGUUUUAAAAGAUUUUGUAAACGGUGCACGCUGCCAGAUGAAUGCAAACCCAGGAAGUCUGCCGCUGUGUGAGGAGUGCACAGAGCUGAACGCAAUCAGUCAGUCAGAGCG